AUGCAAUUCAUCAUUCAUUUGCGAGUGGCGUUGGGCUUAUUGGUCAUUGGGUCUGCUGUCGCAAGCCCCUGCAAGCCUCUCUCAGCCACAACAACUUCUACUGUCACUUCUGCUGCGAUCAUAUCCACUACCGACACCUCAGAUGCUGCCACCGAGACUUCAUUGGCCACUUCUAUCGCAUCCACCACCGAAAAUGCAGAAGCCACUUCCUCCACGGUAGUUGAAUCGUCUACCGAGACAUUCGCAUCCUCUGCCGAGACAUCUGCUUCGUCGACUGAGACAUCGGAUUCAUCCAUCACCAUUGAGACAUCUGCAGCCACAACCACCACGGACUACACUGCGGAGACUACAACCGCUGAACCAACCACCACUGAUGCCACCACCACCGUGGCUGAGACAACAUCAUCAGCAGCCAACCCUACUUUCACAAUGUUCGCUUCCGGCUCAAACGCCGUGGCAGGCAGCAGUCUCGAAACUUACAACCGCGACAGCACCGUGGCCGUAUUCGACCCCGCCACCGAGGACGACAACCCCUCCGCUCGCCAAUACUCCAUCGACUCUCAAGGCAGAAUCGUAAAUGACCUCGGCUGGUAUCUCUGUGGAUACUAUGGUGCGACGAACGAGGAACUCAAUAAGCCUGCGACUGUAGUGACCUGCCAUACCCAGACCGCCUUACAGACGGCUUUCCUGACGUGUGAGUUGUCUGGUCCCUUUGGUAUCGAGUGCUCGGUCCCGGCGAUGUCUUGUACUUGGAGCUUAAAUUCUGUCGGUGUUCGAGCGUUUGGUCAUACCUGGCAGAUUGGAGGUAGUGAUACGCCGGCUAAUUAUGAGCGUAUGACUAUGAGCAUCCGGGAAGUCCGAGCGUAG